AGUGCAACCGGGCGUAUACUUGUUCUACACGCAAUAUAAAAACUAAUUACAACUAUUUGCAAUGGCGGAUAGCAAAAUACCAGAGUGGAUUAAGGCGGAACUAUUUGAGGAUGUGCUCAAGUCAAGUGUGGAGGGAUACUCCAAAGUCAGCACUUUCAAGGCGGAGCUUGGAUCUGCGGCAGGAGAUAACUACGCCACCGUCAUGCUGCGGGUACACAUCGAGGUGGAGCUGAAGGAUGGCAAAACCAAAAAGGUGUCCUACAUGGUCAAGUUGCCGCAUCAAAAUGAAAUGUUCAAGGAGAUGAUGAAGCGGACUAACAUUUUCGAUAUCGAGCGAACUAUGUACAAUGAGGUUGUGCCCGAGAUGGAGGCUCUUUAUAAGGAAGUCGGAAUUGAGAUCACAUUUGGAGCCAAGAGCUAUGAUCUUAAAAACGCCGAGACCGAUUAUGUGGCCCUGGAGGAUCUGGGCAUCAAGGGGUUCAAGAACGCUAAUCGCCUCGAGGGACUCGACCAAGCUCACACGGAGGGAGUGCUCCGCAAGUUGGCUCAGUGGCAUGCUGCCUCCGCCGUGCGUAUAACAACCAGAGGCCAGUAUCCGGAGAUCCUGCUCAGGGGCUUCUUUAAGGAGGAAAAUAAGCCGAUGAUGGCUGAGAUGAUGGACGGAAUGGGCUCACGAUUCGUCAAAAGCUGCGCCACCUACGAAAACAACGAGCUUUACAUUGACAGAGUAAAAGCUCUCAAGCCCCUGUUUGUCGACAAAUGUUUCGAGUUCGCCAAGGUCGACCCGAACGAGUUUAAUGUGCUGAACCACGGCGAUUCCUGGUCGAAUAACAUAAUGUUCCAGUACGACGCCUUUGGCAAGAUCAAGGAGGUGUUCUUGGUCGACUACCAGAUCCCCAGGUACGGAACCGUGGCCCAGGACUUGCUCUACUUCCUGCUCUCCUCUACCAAGCUGGAGGAUAAGCUGUCCAAAUUCGACUAUUACAUUAAGGUGUACCACGACAGUCUGGCGGAGCAUCUGAAGAUCCUGAAGUACUCAAAGCCCAUUCCCAGCCUUCGUGACAUUCACUUGUCGCUCUUAAAACACGGAUUUUUCGGCUACACUGUGGCCACUGGCGUGAUGGCCAUCGUUCUCCUGGACCCUACGGAUGUCGCCAGUUUUGAGAACUUCAUUGGCGACACUGAGGCCGGAGUGGACUUCCAGAUGCAGCUCUACAACAGUCCCCGGUUCCGCAAACACAUCCAGGCGGUCCUGCCCUGGCUGAUGAAUCGCGGCGCCAUGGAUAUUAAUUAGAAUUAUUACCCCUAACAAACAAUUUGCUAGUUUGACCAACAAAAACUAAUAAUUUGAGUCAUAACAUAAGGAGGCGAUAAGGUUAUCUGUAUCAGUCCGAAAGUAUUAAUAAAAUGGUAAGCGCCGAUUGAUAGAGGUGUUCAA